CGACGCCCAGCGCGCAUUUUUCGCCCGCCAAUUUUCAGCAGCAGGUGAAAUCAGCGCUGGCACCCCUCCUCCAGCGCCCCACGUAUAUUUUCGGCAACCCCGCCUGCCCCCCCAAAAUUCGCCGCGAAUUUUUCCUCCCAAACUCUCUGUUCAUUUCAGUUCAUUCCACAGCGCUUGGCCUCGCAGCAACUCACUGAAGCCGCCGCCAGCUCCACACAUCGCGGCAUCAAGCCCAGCGCCAUCAGCCCGCUAUUGAAUUCCCUUAGCAACAAAACACCUCCACACCACUUAUCCCGCAUCAAAUCAUGCCGCGUCCUCCCAAGAAUAAGGCCCCCGAGCCCGUGGCCGCCCCGGUCGUUGCGGCGCCCACUGUCGUCCCUGCUACAGUGGCCCCUCAGAACCUCGCAUUCAAAGCACCCCCAGUCAUUGAUGUUGACCAGUUCAUCCGUGUCCGCGACUCGGUCUACCAGAGGCUUCAGACAAUCCAGGAUCUUAUUAGGAGUUUCUCCCAGGAUUAUCUGCGCCAGACCAACCUCCUCAUUGGCGAGGGCACCAACCUCGAGAAUGGCCCUGAGCUGGACCGCAUCGGCAACCCCUACGGCGGGGUGGUUCCCGCCACUGCGGCGGUCCCGCAGCCGCCGGCAGAGGAGAAGAAGGAGCGCAAGAAGCGCUCCCACGACCCUAACGCGCCAAAGCGCCCCUUGACCCCCUAUUUCCUGUACAUGCAGACGGCUCGCCCCAUCAUUGCCAACGAUCUGGGUGACCAGGUCCCUAAGGGCGCUGUUCAGGACGAGGGCCAGCGCCGCUGGUCCGUCAUGUCCCCGCAAGAGAAGCAAGGUUGGAACCAGGCGUAUCAGUACAAUCUCCGUCUCUAUAACGCCCGCGUCCACUCUUACAAGAACGGCAACCCGGACGCCAAGAACAUGACGGACGAGGAGGCCCGCAUCUACGCCGACCAGCACGGCAUCGGGAUGCCGCCCCUCACCCACGCCGAGGAGGUCCCGGCUAACGACCAAGAGGCCGUCUCAGAGCAGCUGCAGCAGAGCGCGGCUGCGGCCGCCGCGGCCGCCAACGCCAACGCCGCCGCUCCGGAGCCUUCGGCCGCGGAGGCGUCCGAGGAGGAGCCCGCGGCGCCGGUGGCUAAGACGCCCAAGAAGACGGCGGCGACGACUCGCAAGCGUAAGAGCACGGCCGCGGCGACGCCGGCGGCCCCCGAGCCCGAGCCCCCCAAGUCGGCGGCGGCCACCCCCGCCAGCCCGGAGACCAAGAAGCGCAAGCGGACCUCCAAGGCGGCCGAGCAGGUGGUUGAGGAGCCCAAAAAGUCGGGUCGUAAGAAGACCAAGAGCGGCUAGGCUCGCUUCCGCGGCCUUUGCUCUCUU